CCAUACCUCGGGAAAGAAAUGUACCUACCCUCCGUACCUAGAUCAUAGCAAAGCUACCGGCCGACACCGGCGGCCCGAAAUCGGGAGCAAAACCCGGGCACCGGUACGUAGCUGCCGAGGCUACCUCCUACAGUAAGCUUUCUCGCUUGUUGGUCUUGGUCUUGCUCGUGCUCGGCGUAACCUUAAGGCGGAUCUCGGUUGGUGGAAGCGGAUGUCAAGAUUUCACCCUCAACAACAAACAUCCAGGUAUAGCCCCACUGGUGAUAACCUUUUUCCAAUCUUUACCAAUAAUCCAGCUUCUACAAGUGGAACGCCGUCCAGUUUUCACAAUGUACCCAAUCUUCUUUUCCUCCUCUUUUUCGUGUUCUGUUAUCUGGAGUUUCGUCAGUGACGUAGCCAGCGCUGCAAGACGUACGAUGCUGAUUAAACUCAACAGGAGGUUCCUAAGGGAGCCUCUCAUGUCGUCGAGUUAAAGAGCAAAUUCAACAUCCAAGCAGCAAUUGAAUGACCCAAGUGUGUAUUCAUACUCCUCAUCGAGAGAUGGCCAUCAUCAUCACAUCCAAGCCCCAACCUCCGUUCGACCACUCGUUCUCAAACUCAUAUGCACAGCAUGAGGUCUGUGCGAGCCGUCAGAUCCCAGGUAGUCCUGAGACAUGGUCCUGUUCGUAUGGUGAUUUGCGUCUGGUUGGUUCAUAUCUUCGAACUCAGCGAGAUAUUGCCGCUUGAUGCCAAGACAUUGCAGCAUCUGAGUGGUCGCUCGUCGUAAUUCGGUCCGCUUCCAAUACAUCUGGAUUUAUUUCAUCAUGAGGGUUUUGGUAUCGUGCCUCUUCAAGGUUUUAAGUUUGGUGUAGUGGGUCUUGGUGCCGCUCUUCCAUAUAUAAAGACACGGUCCCACGAUGGUGGUAGAUCUGGUGUCUCAUCAAAACAGGUUCUCACACUUCAUCGCCGCCUAUAGUUACUUUCGACAUUGCAUACCAUCAGUCUAGUGGAGCAAUCACAAGAUAUCAUCCGACAGCUGAGUGCCAUGUCUACUCCUACCGAACCACUUGAGCCUGCGGGCCGUUUGUACCAACCCAUCACGCACAAUACCGCCUCACCAACACUUGCCCAAACACACACCAAUGACUCUCGAGUCCGUCAACCAAGUACAUCUGGCCCGGGUUUACACCGUACCGGCUCACAAUUAUCUCACAAAGAAGCAAGACGAGAUCCCGAACUCGACAUCAACCUUCCGUACCGUACUAUGACCAAUGAAGCCAACCUUGAAGAAUACACGAAAGAGACAUCGGCUGGAGAAAUCGACGCUGGUGUUGCUACGCCAGACGGAAAGACAGAUUACAAGCUCGUCACAUUCUUGCUCAACGAUCCUGAGAACCCCAAAAACUGGAGCAAAGCAUACAAGUGGUACAUCACGAUGAUUGUUGCACUUACUUGUUUCGUCGUCGCCUUCGCUUCUUCGGUUGUCACGGCGGAUAUUGCUGGGGUUGUGAAGGAGUUCGAAGUAUCUGAGGAAGUUGCUCUGCUUUCUAUCACUUUGUUCGUUAUUGGAUUUGGUGUUGGCCCCAUGGUAUUCGCACCAAUGUCAGAAGUAGUCGGUCGACGAAUGAUUUACGCCACAACACUCUUCGUUGCGACCAUCUUCAUCAUUCCCUGCGCCGUCUCAGACAAUAUUACCACCCUCCUCGUCUGCCGGGCAAUCGACGGUAUCGCUUUCUCAGCACCAAUCACCAUCAUAGGUGGAACCCUUGCCGACUUGUGGAAAACUGAAGAGCGGGGUGUUCCCAUGGCCGCUUUCUCAGCAGCUCCUUUCAUCGGCCCAGCAAUUGGUCCUCUCGUUGGUGGCUUCCUUGCAGAUGCGACAGGAUGGAGAUGGCUAUACUGGAUCCAACUCAUUAUGGCUGGUGUUGUCUGGGUCCUGAUAACCUUCACCGUCCCUGAAACAUACGCUCCAACCAUCCUCGCCGCCCGCGCUAAGAAGAUGCGAGCAGAGACUGGCUCUAAGGAGCACAUCACAGAGCAAGAUCUUGACCUCCGCCCCUUCAGCGAACGCAUGUCGAUCUUCCUCAUCAGACCCUUCCAACUCCUCUUCUUGGAACCCAUCGUUCUUCUACUGGCCCUGUACAUGUCCGUCCUUUACGGCCUCCUAUACAUGUUCUUCGUCGCCUUCCCGAUCGUCUUCCAAGAAGGCAAAGGCUACAGCGCCGGCAUCACAGGUCUAAUGUUCAUUCCCCUCGCAAUCGGAGUCGUCGCCUCAGCAUGCUGCGCUCCCCUUGUCAACAAACACUACCUCACCCUCUACCACAAACACAAUGGCAGCCCACCCGCGGAAGCCCGCCUCAUCCCCAUGAUGAUCUCCUGCUGGUGCAUUCCCGUCGGCCUCUUCAUCUUCGCCUGGACAUCCUACCCGCAUCUCACCUGGGUCGGUCCCGCACUCGGCGGUUUCCCCGUCGGCUUCGGCUUCAUCUUCCUCUACAACUCAGCCAACAACUACCUCGUGGACUCCUACCAGCACCAAGCGGCAUCUGCGCUCGCCGCAAAGACACUUAUCCGUUCUUUCUGGGGUGCUGCGACGGUCUUGUUCACGAAGCAGAUGUAUGAUCGCUUGGGAUACCAGUGUGCGAGUUCGCUGCUAGCUUUUAUCAGUUUGGCGUGUUGUGCGAUUCCAUACGUGUUCUACUUUUAUGGUGCGCAAAUUCGGAAGAGGAGUCGCUUUGCUUAUAGUGGUGAUGAUGAGGAGACCGGAAAGAAGGGGGCUGAUGCGGAAGCAGAGGCGGAUUUGGAGAGGGCGAGGAGUUAUGUUAGUAUGCCGUAAGUGGAUUGGAAGGGCGGCUACGAUGAGACGAGAUGAUGGAGGAGUGGAUGAGACAUAAUGUCCUUGAUCUGUUAGUGGGUAAGAUGAAGAGGAUGAAAGGUGCGGGCAUUGGAGGGGAGUUUUGGCGAGACAAUGCGAAGCGAAGAGACGGAUCCAAAAGAAAAAAAUUCGACACAACAACAGGCAGGGUUGAGCAAUCCAGCCCGAAACUCAAAAAUUGCAACACAGCAUCCGGAGAUCGGAGAAAAGGCGCAUGGGAAAAUGAAAUGGGAAUUGGGAUAGACUGUAAGGCUGGUAGACCUGGGAGCAUUGGUAAUAGGGCGGCGCAUAGAAAACAUGGAGAGCUUCGGCAAGUAGCACAACCUGAAUAAUAGACUGUAAUACAAAAUAUCUUCAAACACUUCAUGGUACUUGAGCUUCCAAAUCUGUAUACUCAAUUGAAGCAUACACUUCUCUGAAGCCAGGAGAAACUCAGAUACAACUGAUCCUGG